UCUGCUCGACUCGACUCUGCUGGGCUCGGGUGUACUGUCUCUUUAAGGUCUCCAAGGCUGGUCUGUUUCGUAUUGAUCCGGCCACCAUUUUCCAACACACAGCGGCGGCAGCACAGCUAGCAACACGGCCAACCGACAGCCGAGGAAGCGGGGAAGCAGCGAGACGGCGAGCCGACCCACCCUCACGACCCGGAGAGAGGAGGCUUCCUUCUUCUCGGCACCGGCGGGGCAGCCAUGGCGGCCAACAUGUACCGGGUCGGAGAUUAUGUUUAUUUUGAGAACUCGUCCAGUAACCCUCUGCUGAUCAGGAGGAUAGAGGAGUUGAAUAAGACGGCCAAUGGGAAUGUGGAGGCCAAAGUGGUGUGCUUUUACCGACGCAGGGACAUUUCCAGCACGCUCAUCGCCCUGGCAGACAAGCACGCCCGGGAGCUGGAGGAGGAGAUGGAGAAUCCCGAAAUGACCGACCUCCCUGAGAAGCAGAAACAUCAACUCAGACACAGGGAGCUCUUUUUGUCCCGGCAGCUGGAGUCACUCCCCGCCACGCACAUCAGGGGGAAAUGCUGUGUGACGCUGUUGAAUGAGACGGAAGCGCUGAAGUCCUACCUCGACAGAGAGGAUGCCUUCUUCUAUUCACUGGUGUACGACCCUCAGCAGAAGACCCUGCUGGCCGACAAAGGGGAGAUUCGGGUGGGCAACAAGUAUCAAGCCGACAUUACCGACCUACUGAAUGAAGGUGAGGAGGAUGCCAGGGAUCUGGAAAAACUGGAGGAAAAAAUCUGGGAGCCCAGUAGCUCGCUGACAGAGAAGCAGAUUGACCAGUUUUUGGUCGUAGCUCGGUCGGUGGGCACAUUCGCCCGAGCCCUGGACUGCAGCAGCUCCGUGCGUCAGCCCAGCCUUCACAUGAGUGCCGCCGCAGCUUCUAGAGACAUCACUUUAUUCCACGCCAUGGACACCCUCCACGGCACAGGCUAUGAUGUUAAGCGGGCCAUCGCGGCACUGGUGCCUCAGGGUGGUCCUGUGCUGUGCCGCGACGAGAUGGAAGAGUGGAGCGCCUCGGAGGCCAACCUGUUCGAGGAGGCGUUGGAGAAAUACGGCAAGGACUUCACAGACAUCCAACAGGAUUUUUUACCCUGGAAGUCCCUGACGAGCAUCAUCGAGUAUUACUACAUGUGGAAGACCACUGACAGAUAUGUGCAGCAGAAACGAUUAAAGGCAGCUGAAGCCGAAAGCAAGUUAAAGCAGGUGUACAUUCCCAACUACAACAAGCCAAACCCCAACCAGCUGAGCAGCAACAACCCAAAGCCGGUGGCCCUGGUCAAUGGGGCCAGCGGAGCCGUCGUACCUGGACAACCGGGACAGACUGUUCCAGGGCAGAACCCUCCUCCACUUGCACGAGCCUGUGAAAGCUGCUACAUCAACAGUUCCUACCAGUGGUACUCAUGGGGGCCUCCUAACAUGCAGUGUCGCCUCUGCGCCGCCUGCUGGACAUACUGGAAAAAGUACGGCGGACUGAAGAUGCCCACCCGGCUGGACGGAGAGCGGCCCGGACCCAACCGCAGCAGCAUGAGUCCCCAUGGCGUGCCUCUGCGACACAGCGGCAGCCCAAAGUUCGCUGUCAAGACACGACAGGCCUUCUACCUGCAGACCACCGCCCUGACGCGGGUGGCGCGCCGCCUCUGCCAGGACAUCAUCAAGCCCCGCCACCUGGGCCGCCACCCCUACCUCCCCGUCAACACGGCUGCUAUCAAGGCUGAAUGUGCGUUGAGGUUGCCAGAUAAAGACCCCGGGAAGCCUUCGCCGCUUAAACCCACAGAACGCAAACCUCUUGAGUCUGUGGUUCGAUAUCUAGAAGCACAUCCCCGUCCAGCCAAAGUGGAGGUGCCCACCCGGGGAGUGUCCAUCUCUACAGGUAGCCUGACGCCCAUCAAGUCCUCCCCCAUCCUCAACAAUGGCUCCCCCACCAUCUUAGGAAAGCGCAGCUAUGAACAGCACAAUGGACUUGAUGGCACGAAAUCCAAAGCUUUGACCCCACAGUGGGACAUCAUGGCCAAACGCAUGAGCGACGUCAGCCGGCCCUCGGCUGCCAUGCAUGACGAGGUGCACCAACUGGACUGAACGCUCUGCAGGGACGUCCCACAUCCGUCGCCCUCACUUGCCAGAGGGCGUCACACGUCACGUUCCAGGAAAAGGCUCGGUCGCAGAAGGACUUGACUGCGCUUCCCCCCCCCCCCCCCUCCGUCAGCUGCCCGACGGUUCAUCUCUUUGUACAGGACUGUGUUUAUUACUCACGUCUCUUAUUAUUAUUACAAUGUCAGAUUGUUUGUUUAUUCUUUUUACCGACUAUAAUUCAGCUUCUUGUUCUUUUGCGGUCAAAUGUUUCAUGAGGAAUGCUUGUUAAAAAAAAAAAAUACAUGUGGAAGGACUGUAACAUAAGCCACUUGCAACUUGUAUGUUAUUUUUUUUUAUUUUAACAAUUUAUUAUUCCAAACUCCCUUGUGAGGACAUGCACUUUUAUUUCAUGGAACGAGUUAACUCUGUCUUUUUUUUGUUUGUUUGUUUGCUUUUGUUGACAUUUUCAAUUUGAAAAAAAAGAAAUGCUUUACAAGAAUCUUGAGUUUGGCGUGCUGGGCCCGAGUGCUCUUUGGGCCAAGAAAGGUUUAACUUAUUGAGAAGGACUCGCUGUUUUUUCUACCUUUUUCACAAGUAAUGCAUCUAUGCUUCGAUAAUGUCAUUAAAAAAAGUGAACACUGA